AUGGAUUUAUGGACCAAAUCUUCCACUCUCACUUCUGUAUUGGGGAGUGACAUCGCACGCAACCAGACGUCAUAUCUAGGUAUCCUCAACCACUUGCACGAGCUUUCAACUUCAGAUUUGAGCUCAAGCGUUGCUCGGCUUAGCUAUGUUGAAAAGUUGUGGGCUUCGUGGUAUUUGUAUAUUGACAAUGAUGUCCUUGCUACUGGCCUUCUUUUUUUUGCAGUUCAUGAAAUCACCUAUUUCGGUAGAUGUUUACCGUGGGCCAUAAUUGAUCAAAUCCCGUUCUUUAACAGAUGGAAGAUCCAACCAGAUAAGAUUCCAAGUACUCGAGAGCAAUGGGAGUGCUUCAAAUCAGUUUUGAAGUCUCACUUCCUCGUCGAGGCAUUGCCAAUUUGGCUCUUCCAUCCAUUAUGCUCUACUUUGAAGAUUUCAAUUGGUGUUCCCUUCCCUUCGUUGCAGGUCAUGGGAAUGCAAAUUGCUUUAUUCUUCUUUUUAGAGGACAUGUGGCACUAUUACUUCCAUAGAUUGUUUCACUGGGGGUGGUUCUACAAGAACAUCCACAAGCAACACCACAAGUAUGCGGCACCAUUUGGCUUUGCAGCCGAAUAUGCUCACCCAGCAGAAGUCAUGGCAUUGGGAGUAGGAACUGUGGGCUUCCCCGUACUUUACGCAUUUUUGGCAAAAACAUUCCCAACCUGGCAGCUUCCAGAAUUGCACUUGUUUGCCAUUUCUUGCUGGAUUGUGCUCAGAUUAUUACAGGCAGUUGAUUCCCAUUCGGGUUAUGAUUUCCCAUGGUCAUUACAUCACUUUGUUCCAUUCUGGGCUGGCGCCGCACAUCAUGAUUUGCAUCAUCACUAUUUUAUCGGAAAUUAUGCAAGCUCCUUCACUUGGUUUGACUACUUUUUGGAUACUGAGUCUGGGCCUACAGCUAAGAAGCAUAGAGAGCAUAGAAACAAAGUAAAGGCUGAGGCUGUUGCAAAGAAGAAUAAUUAG